GUCCAAGUUCCGUACAUGCCUCAUAUCAGUGAUGUACAGCCUAGGAUCUAUGAUGUGGUUGGUGAGGUAUUUCUUUGUCUCUCAGACUGUGUUGUUACUCUGGAGUGGAGACAUCGUUACACAUGCCAUACACUGGCCUAGCAUUUCUAUUGUUGUUCCAACAUGCUACUUUCGUCACAAGUUUCAUUCCAGAGUGAUAUCGAUGUUUCAACAUCAGACUUAUCUUGGGGACAUGGAACUCAUAGUUCAUGACGGAGCAUGUGGAAAAACCAACUCAUUUAAAAGUGCGUUGUCUUACAUCAUGAUAGAAGCAGCAGACAAAGAUCCAAGGAUAAAGUAUUACUUUGACAAACAAACUUCACGUUCUGGAAGAGGUGAAGUAAUGACAAUUGGUGCCAAAAGAAACUUUCUACUGAACAAGGUAGCAACAGCACUAGUUGCUAAUUUUGAUGAUGAUGAUUACUAUUCUCCACACUACGUGGAAGAGAUGGUCACACAUUUAAUACAAAAUGAUGCAGACAUGAUCAAACUUAAUGGCUGGUUUACUUAUGGAAUAGCCAAAGAUAUUACUAUUGAAGGGGAGAAUCCACUUGGGUUAUGGUAUUCUGACUUUUCAGAGACAAAUUACAUUGGAUGGGGUUGGUCUUUAGUGUUUAAGAUACAACUGUUUGGAGAAUUUUCGUAUUCUGACCUAAUGGAAGGAGAAGAAGACAAAUUUGUAUCUUCUGUUGAGAAAAGUCAGUACAAGCUUCAUCAUUUUGGAGAUGAAAAUUUUAUUGCACUAAGAAUUGUGACUCAGUCUGUAGUUAGAGCAACUGGUAUUCCACCACCUGUAAGUCGUUCGGGCAAAAAGAUUUGUAAUCGAUAUCACAUACCUAUCUUCUAUCUCCCAAAAGGAUAUGGUGAGACAGUAGAACCAUGGCUGAGGAUGUGGAAUUUUAAAGAGUAGCACUUGUACAACGUCUAACGUUGAAUUGAGAUAAACGAAUGAAUAGAUUGAUAUAUUAUUGAAUUCUGUAUUAGUUGCUCUACUUGUCAAUAUAUUAUACAAAAUUUUAUCUCAGAAAUACACAGAGACAUAGAUUCA